AUCAUGUACAUCAAACAGAUCAUCAUCAACGGCUUCCGCUCGUACCGCGAGCAGACGGUCAUCGAGCCGUUCAGCCCGCGCCACAACGUGGUGGUCGGCCGUAACGGCUCCGGCAAGUCGAACUUCUUCUACGCCAUUCAGUUCGUGCUGAGCGACGAGUUCAGCCACCUGCGGCCCGACCAGCGCCAGCAGCUGCUGCACGAGGGCCCCGGCCAGCGGACGAUGAUCGCCUACGUGGAGAUCAUCUUCGACAAUGCGGACAACCGCCUGCCGAUUGACGAGCCGAUCGUCACCCUGCGCCGCCAGAUCGGCCUCAAGAAGGACCAGUACUACCUGAACAAGAAGAUCGUCACGCGGGCCGAUGUGAUGAACGUGCUGGAGAGCGCCGGCUUCUCCCGCUCCAACCCCUACUACAUCGUCAAGCAGGGCAAGAUCAACCAGAUGGCCACCGCUCCGGAUCCGCAGCGCCUGAAAAUCCUCCGCGAAGUGGCCGGGACGCGAAUCUACGACGAGCGGAAGGAGGAGUCGCGCGUCGUCCUCCGCGAAACCGAGAACAAACUGGAGAAGAUCAUCGACCUGAUCAAGUACAUCGAGGAGAAGCUGCAGACGCUGGAGGGGGAGAAGGAGGAGCUCCGGGAGUACCAGAAGUGGGACAAGAUGCGCCGCGCCCUCGAGUACACCAUCUUCAACAACGAGCUGGAGGAGGCGCGCAAGCGGCAGAAGGAGCUGGAGAACCGCCGCGAGACGAGCAGCAUGGUCACGGAGAAACUGCGCGAGCAGCUGCAGGGCAGCACCGAGAAGCUGAAGGACCUCGGUAGAGACUUGCGGGAGGUGAAGACGAAACUGCAGACCUACCGCGACGAGAAGGAGACGCUGCAGCACGAGCACAGCGCCUUCCUCAAGGACAAGACCCGCCUGGAGCUGCACAUUCGCGACCUGCGCGACGAGGUGGAGGGCGACGCCAGCUCCAAACAACGAGCCGAGAAGGAGCUCACCUCGCUGAAGGAGAAGAUCCUGGAGAAGCAGACGGAGCUGAAUCAGAUCAAGCCGGAGUACGAGGAGAUGAAGCGGCUGGAGGAGGAGUGCACCCGCCAGCUGAACAUCAGCGAGCAGAAGCGGUCGGAGCUGUACGCGAAGCAGGGCCGGGGCAGUCAGUUCACCUCGAAGGGCGAGCGCGACAAGUGGAUUCAGACGGAGCUGAAGGCGCUGCAGCGCAAUGUCCAGGACAAGCGGGUGCAGAUUGAGCGGCUGCGGGAGGACCUGAAGAGAGACGCGAAGCGGAAGGAUGAGCUGGAGGCGAAGAUUGACGAACUCUCGAAGGAGCUAGAUAACAACCGCUCGAGCAUUGACGUGCAGAACAAGUCCUACUACGACAUGAAGAAGAAGAAGGACGCGCUGCAGAGUGAGCGAAACGACAUGUGGCGACAGGAGAAUGCCCUGCAGCAGAACUACAACAUGCUGCUGGAGGAGAAGUCGAAGAAGGACCAGCUGCUGCGGUCGAUGGUGGGCAAGACGAUCCUCAACGGGCGCGACUCGGUCAACAAGGUGCUGGGCAUCUUUGCGGAGAGGGGCGGCGUGUACGACCAGAUUGCCAAGCACUACUAUGGGAUGCUGAUUGAGAACUUUGACUGCGUGAAGGAGUUCUACACGGCCAUUGAGAUGACGGCGGGCAAUAAGCUCUUUCACCACAUUGUGGAGAACGACAAGGUGGGCACGCGGAUUCUCCAGGAGAUGAACAAGCUGAAGCUGGCCGGCGAGGUGACCUUCAUGCCCAUCAACCGCCUCUACUCCAAGGACAUUGACUACCCGCAGACGGCGGACGCCAUUCCGAUGAUCUCCCGGCUGACCUUCGACAAGAAGCACGACACGGUGAUGAAGUUCAUCUUCGGGAAGACGCUGAUCUGCCGCUCGCUGGAGGUGGCCACCUCGCUGGCGCGCACCAGCCACCUCGACUGCAUCACCCUCGACGGCGACCAGGUGUCGCACAAGGGCAGCCUGACGGGCGGGUACUUCGACACGCGGCGCAGUCGGCUGGAGCUGCACAAGUCGCACUCGACGCUGAUGAAGGACAUCGCCGAGGCGAAGGAGAAGGUCGACUCGCUCCACGAGAAGGUGAACGAGGUGGAGCAGCAGAUCAACCAGAUCGUGGGGGAGAUGCAGCGGGCGGAGACGAAGAACAGCAAGAAUAAGGACACCUUCGACAAGAUGAAGACCGACAUACGGCUGCUGAAGGACGAGCUGGCGGCGAAUGAGCGCUCAAAGGGGCCGAAGGAGCGCUCGCUGGUGUCGCACGAGUCCAGUCUCAGCUCGAUGGAGUCGCUGCAGGAGUCGCUGAAGAGCGAGCUCCAGCAGGACCUGCUGACGCAGCUCUCGCUGGCGGACCAGCAGGAGGUGGACCGCCUCAAUGAUGAGAUCCGCCAGCUGACGCAGCGCAACAAGGAGGCCUUCAGCCGGCGGAUGCAGCUGGAGGCGCAGAAGAACAAGCUGGAGAACCUGCUCAAUAACAACCUCUGCCGGCGGCGGGACGAGCUGGAGGCGGCGCUGCAGGAGAUCAGCGUGGAGGACCGCCGCCAGAAGCUGGACAGCGAGUCGCAGGAGAUGGGCCUGAUCUCCCGGCGCAUCGACACCGUCCUCGAGCAGAUGCGCGCCCUGGAUGAGAGCAUCGAGAAGACGGCGCGCAAGCAGAAGGAACUGCAGACCGAGGUGGAGCGGAAGAAGGCCGAGGAGCGCGAUACGAUUGAGCGCAUCAACGAGGACUCGAAGGACCUGGACAAGAUCACCUCGAAGAACUCGGUGCUGGCGAAGAAGAUUGAGGAGUGCAUGCGGAAGAUCCGCGAGCUGGGGACGCUGCCCGCCGACGCCGAGAUGAAGUACAACUCGAUGUCGCUGAAGGCGCUCUACAAGAAGCUGGAGGGCUGCAAUAAGGAGCUGCAGAAGUACUCGCAUGUGAACAAGAAGGCCCUCGACCAGUACAUGGACUUUAGCGAGAAGAAGGAGCGGCUGCUGCAGCGCAAGGCGGACCAGGACCAGGCGCACCGCUCCAUCGUCGACCUGAUGACGGCGCUGGAGCAGCGCAAGUACGAGGCGAUUCAGUUUACCUUUCGCCAGGUGUCCAGUUACUUUAGCGAGGUCUUUCGCAAGCUGGUCCCAAAUGGGCGUGCCAGCCUGGACAUGAAGACGGAUGAAAAUGUAAAAGGGGGCGGCGGCGGACAUGAGGCGGGCGGCCCGCCCACCAUUGACAACUUCACCGGCGUCAGCAUUCGCGUCUCCUUCACCGGCUCCAAUGCGGAGAUGAAGGACAUGCAGCAGCUCAGUGGUGGGCAGAAGUCGCUCGUCGCACUGGCCUUCAUCUUUGCCAUUCAGAAGUGCGACCCCGCCCCCUUCUACCUCUUUGAUGAGAUUGACCAGGCGCUCGAUCCGAUGCACCGAAAGGCUGUCGCCGAAAUGAUUCACGAGCUGGGCAACGACGCGCAGUUCAUCACCACCACCUUCCGGCCGGAGCUGCUGGAGAAUGCGGACAAGUUUUACGGCGUCAAGUUUCGAAAUAGGGUGAGCCACAUUGAGGUGGUCAGCAAGGAGGAGGCACAGGACUUUGUGGAGGACGACACUCAGCAGGUCUAA